GCCGCGCUCACCGCCUGGGGGAUAGGCAAACCUUUCGGCACAUCGUCACACCCGCUCCGCUAGAGUGAGCCACGUGCAGCUCGGUUUUCACUUUGUACAAGGCUGUGGUCAAGUGUAGUGUCGACUGUCAAAGUUAAGCUUCUGUACGCCAAAAUGGAUGUUGACGCUGAGGGCAUUAUCAAUAUAAUAUUUCCAAAUGGCAUUGAAGAUGAAUGGAAGGAUAAUCCUGAUUUUCUACAGUAUGUGUCUAGACUUGGAUCUAUGAGCUUGGAGCAGCUUAAUAAAGAGCCUGAACGACUUACUGAAGACAAGGCCUCAGUGUUGUCACAAACUCAGGACCUUGCCUUUGCAAAUUACAAGACAUUUAUUCAAACUGCUGAGUGCUCCCGUGACAUUUUUGAAAAGCUUAAUAGGUCAGAAAAAAGUUUAGAAUCUUUAUUGGCUGGUCUACCAAAUUUUUCACAAAACUGUCAAGACUUUGUAAGAUCCUCAUCAGACAUAAAUAUUCACCGCAGAUUGAAUUCUCUCACUCUUACUCGAAAUGCUCAACUUUUAGAGAUUUUGGAGUUACCUCAACUCAUGGACACAUGCAUUAGAAAUGGCAACUAUGAAGAUGCUCUAGAGCUUGCAGCCUUUGUGCGAAGACUGGGGAAGAAGCAUAUUAACAUACCUAUCAUUGCUAAUGUUGUGCAAGAAGUAGAGGCUGCUUGGUUAUCCAUGCUGCAGCAAUUGCUGUCUACACUGCGAACCGACUUGCCACUGCCUACAGUUCUCCAAAUUGUUGGAUUUCUAAGGAGGAUGGAGCUAUUUUCUGAAGCUGAGCUUAGACUUAAAUUUCUGCAGUGUCGUGACUCAUGGUUGCAGGCAAUGCUAGCCGCUAUUCCUAAAGAAGAUGCUCUUCAACAUCUGAGCAGAACUGUGGAACUGUCUCGAGUUCACUUGUUUAGUAUUAUAACACAAUACAGAGCAGUGUUUGGAGAUGCUGAAGCAGACAUUUCUCACAAUACAAGUAAUUUUAAUACACUUUUCUAUUCAUGGAUCAUGGAAAAGGUGAUGCAGUUUCUUUCUACACUUGAGCAAGACUUAGCUCUUGGCAUUGGCUCUUCUUUAGAUUCCAUUGUUAGGCAGUGCAUGUACUUUGGGUUGUCUCUUAGCCGUGUAGGUGCCGAUUUUCGGGGCCUUUUGGCUCCCAUAUUUGUAAAGGCACUUCAGCAAAGUGUUGAGGUUUCUAUUGCUAAAGCUACUAGAAAGUUUGAGCAGGAUAUGGAAAAUUUUACUCUGCCAAAGACCCAGUCAUCAAUAGCUAGGUCCUUUGUAUCCAUGGAACAUACAAAUGAGGAACACCCUCCAGAGUCGUUGCUGGAGUUCAGACCUUUGGCAGAUUAUUGCAAUGCCAUUCUCAUGUGUUUGAAUGACAUACGACUUUGUGCUCCAGUUGCCUUGGCAGCAAAAGCUACAAAUUUGCUUCAGGAGUCUCUUUGUUCUAUUGCAAGAAGUAUGCUAUCAUUUUACAGACAGGAACAACAAGCCCUAACACCUGCAGAAAAAGAGGCUUUCACACGCUUCUGUUCAUGUAUGGCUGAUCAUCUUUUGCCAUUUCUUCAAAGGUGCUUACACAUUAUAUUUCCUCCUGCCACUAUUGCUACACAUCUUGGAGUAAAUGUACACCGCCUGCAGAAGGAAUACAUCACAUUUUUGGAUCGUCCAACUAUUUUGGAUUCAAUAAGCCAUCUACUGCCAGUUAAAGUAGAACUGCCUCAACUUCAAAAUCUUCAUAUAAAUUUUGCCAGUCCAUCAGAUCAAAAGGAAGAACCACUCAACGUAUCAACUGCAAAUGAUAUUGAAGAUUCAGAAUCAAGUGAUUUGAGGAAAAGUGAUGAAACUUCUUCACUUACUGAAAAUGCUGUGCUUCCCCCCUCAGAGAGUGAUUUGUUUUUACAAGAGGAAAUAAAACAGUCUACUUAGACAUCUUUAAUACAAUUUUGCUGUCACAAUUCAACUUGUUGCAAUGUUUAUUUUAUUUUAGCUUUAGAAAGGAUUUAUGACUGUCUGUUACUAUGUUAUGUUAAAAUAUUUUAACUUGUUGUACCCAAUAAAUGUUAAUUUUCAAUAA